AUGGAAAAAUUCCAAUAUCAAGCCAUCGAACCUCCCCACGAGAUCAGAAUGCUUGAGCUGAUCCCUGGUACAGCCUCAACGCCUAUUCAAGUCCGCCUCGUUCACAAAAGCUUAUCGCAAAUGCCUCAGUGUAUUGCAUUGAGCUAUGAAUGGGGAGCGCGAACUGGAGAUUCCGAGAUCAUUUGCGACAAUGCAACACUAAAGGUGACUAAGAAUCUCAUCAAAGGUUUGAAAAGACUUCGCAAAUUUCAAGGACUUGCUCCAGGUCACAAUCCGUACUCAAAUCGAUUGAAAAUCACAGAAAGGACUCUAUGCUGGAUUGAUGCGAUUUGUAUCAAUCAAGAUGACUUGGAUGAGCGAUCUCAACAAGGUUGUUGUCUGGCUGGGGAAGAAGUUGCUCGUUCACAGGAAGUAUGGGAUCUCGUGGCACCACUAGGCGACCAGGUUGAUAAGUUCAAAGUCGAUAUGAUUGAGAAAAACAAAGAAGAAUAUGGAUCUACGAUAGUUUGCCCUGGACUUAUGCUCAAGGACCUUUCCAAGCACCCUGCUUUUGUUGACAUCAUGGACACCUUUUCCGCUCGAACAUUAUUCAUUCGUCUUUGGACAAUCCAAGAGACAUGCCUCGCCCACGGCUUUCAGGUUACGAUUCUGUAUGGCCGGGUAGAGAUGCCAUGGAACACCUUUUCUGGUAUUUCAUCGAUUCUGUUCCGUUGCUUCCGAUUUUGGAAAUUCAGAGACGAGGAAAAACUCCCAAGGAUUGAAAUUCUAACCAACAUUAUUAUGAGGAGACAAAUACAGGAAAACGCACCGCUGUCACAAGAAGACUUUUUCGACAUGCUCUUGGCGUCUACGUUUGUCCAUGCUUCAGAUGAAAGAGAUCGUGUGUUUGGAGUUCUUGGCUUGUUUGGCGAGGAUACACGCGCGCCAUUUUCGAACUUAGGAUAUCGGAAUGAACCAAAGGAAACUUUCCGCGCAGCAACAGAAGCUAUUGUGAAUACAUGCGACAAAGGCCUAGAGUAUCUUACCUACAACUAUGCCGUGCGUGGAGAUGAUAGCAAAUUGAUGCUACCGUCUUGGACUCUUCUCGACAUCCAUUUCACCGUCCGGGCGCAUAGAAAAGCGGCGGAAACAAACGACGCUGAAUUAAAACUUGGCAGACUCAAGAAGACGCUAACAGGUGCAUUUGAUCCUGUGGAGCAAUAUGAGGGUUGGAUAUGCCGCAUUCUACUACGGGAAUGGGAGAGAAGCACUAGCAAGGAUGAAAGCUCCGACACUUGGAGAGGGAUCUUACUUUCUACGUUGAGAGAAAGAGCUGCCUUGCGCUUUGCGCAUCUUGGUAGACGUGUCCAGGAUGAUACAUUGCGAAGAGAUCACAAUGAUCAACUUACAGGCGAAGGACGCAACAUCUUUGCAACUUCAAAGGAGUAUUUUGGAAUCGGCGCAUACGGGAAGAAUGACCCCGGGUCGCCGCUUGCUGUGCAAGUGAAUGAUAAGAUAGUUAUUAUGCAUGGUGUUAAGCAACCUCUUGUACUUUAUCCAUGUGGAAAUUCCGAGUACAAGUUUGUUGGGCCUUCUCUCAUUCCUGAGGUUGAGAUGGAUGAGUCGGUGCAGGUGGAGAAUAGGAAACCGAUGGAACUUAUACGUAUUGUGUAG